CUCCCAUGCCACCCCCUCCAGAAUACAUCGACCCCUCAGAAACAAGACCAUUCCUGGACCCAUAUGGUAGAGCAAAAACUGUAAGAAUAGGAAAAUGGAGGUGGCCACCACCACAAGAUAAUGGAGAGACAGCUGAUAGCUUCCUUCAUUUUAAAUUAAGACAGCAACAAAGAAAGGUGUCGCCACAGAAGUCAAGUCAUGAUGCAAGCGAAAAUGGAGAAGGGAUAGAGUGGGAAGAAUUCGAAAUGGACAGCAGUCCAACUAGUCUGGAGCCGCCAAGGAAGAGUAGUAGUACCAGCAACCUUAGUAACAAGAGAGAUGUAGCAGACAAGAAUAAAAACAAUAUUGUCAGAUCAAAUUUGGACUUGCAUUCUGCAAGCAGUCCAAGCAGUGUAGGAAAAUUAAGGAUAAGUUCAGAAAUGCGCAGCAAGUUGGAGUUAGUCACUGCAAACCAUAGCCUGCGUUCUACCACAAAGACUGAAAAACCUGCCCUUUCCCUUCUCAACAACAUGCAACAAAAUGGACAUGGGCAUGGGCACGGGCAGCAACGUACCGUCUCUAAAUUGGAGGACAAUCGCAAGCUGUUAUUGGAGCAACAACUUGCCGGUCGGUGGGGCAGCAUUGACAGUGUCGAUGCCGGCACCAGAAAACUUGCCCAGGAAGACCGCACAGAGAUGCAGCCGACUAGUAACGUGCGCAGCCAGGUGGAGCGCAUGGAGAAGCCCAUCAAUGCCACGCCUCACAGUGCCAAUACCAGUAUGACCGGGUGGAAGCCGGCGCCUCCGCCCCCGCCCAUCAUACCCCACUACAAUGGUGACGCUCACGCUCAAACCAACCACCACACACCAGCGAGCAGAACGAGCAGUUUCUACUCACAGAGCAACACCCCGGGCAUCCCUCAGCCGCGGUCGCCCCCGCCCCCGAUCCAGCCCGUGCGCCAGCACGACGGCCAGCGGGAUCUGUUCGGGCGCGGCGGCUCGCCCGCGGGCCGAGGAGGCUCCCCCGCCGGCCGCGACCACCGCCGGGCCUCCGUGUCCACGCACCACACCGACGUCAUGGAGAGGAUCGAAAUUGAGGAAUCUUCGGAGUUCCUGCAGCCCGUGGACUCGAAUCCCCCGCUGGUGCUGGACCGGCGAGACCUGGACCGGUCGGUGGAGACCACCAAGACCAAGCUGUUCGGGCCGAGCAGCGCGGCGUACUUCACGUACAACCGCACGGCGUGGCGGCUCAACGUCAAGAAGGAGGUGUUCGCGCCCAACGAGGCCCUGUCCACCCCGCUGGCGCUGCACCUCGUCUUCUGCCAGGUGGUGCAGGACACGCUCAGCCCCAACUGCAUCAGGAUCGGGCGGGAGGAGAGGACCAACAUGAGGAAGAUGCUUGACAACUAUGGAGUCACAUUAAAUAAUUUACAAUCUGCUCAUCAUAAAAAUACUAUUAAGAAGAAUGUUGUAGACAUGGCCAAGCAGUGGAAUGUCUACUUCUCUAGAAUAUUCCCAGUUUCGGGUGGCCAUCAAAAUCCAGAUGUACAAUUUCUUGCCAUAUCUCAUUCUGGAGUAAGACUAUUGCGCAAAGAGAAGAGUGUUCCUCAUGAUUACUUACAAGUACUUGACACAUUCACAUUUGACGAAAUUGCGGAGGUCACAAUGCCUAAAACUAGCAGUGUUCAAUUUAUGCUGUCCGCUGGCGGACGCGUACUUUUGUACACUCAUCGUGCCAAUCAAGUCCAAACCAUGCUGCACAGAUUCAUCCUAGAGGCGUGCAAGGGUGCGCAGGAGUACGUGCGAGGAGUGCAGGACCAUGUGAGUCGGGACCAGUCGCUACUCUGUUUCCGGAAGGGCGACGUCAUCCGGCUGGUCAACCGGGAUCAACACCUGCAGAAAGGCUGGCUGUACGGGUCGCUCAACGGCAGGAGUGGGCUGUUCCCUUGCGAGUUCGUCGAGGCGUUGGCGCGCAACCAGCACGGCCAAUCGGUGAGUCCCUUGACCAUGACACGGCGGGCCUUAGAAACCCCGGCCUCCCCGAAACUGUGUUAAUAUAAGGCUUUGCAA